AUAUUUUUAUACCAAUAUAAGCCAUGUCGGAAGAGCAGCCAUCGAGCUCGUUGCUGAAGCCCAUUUUAAUCAAGAGGGAUAUCGAAAUGGACGGAGCAGGUGAUGACGCCGGUAAGGAGACCUCGAAGCCCAAGAAGCAUGUCACCUUCAACCGGAUGGUGGAGUAUUACACCUACUCGGAAACUUUGGCCAGCUGGAAGAGGCGCCUCAUGUCCGACAACGACUUGCGCCGGAGCAUGCCGACCGAGUCGAAAACUUGCUUUACAAAGCACUAGGCCAAUUUAUGACUCCAGCCCAUCAAAUUGCCCAUAUUGAAAAACCAAUACUGAACAGGAACGAAACGCUGGCGGAAGUUGUUAAACGGAACGUGACACUUUUAACCUAAUUGGAAAAUAAACGAGAGCCCGAGUCCUGCCGGCAAAGCGGAUGUGGACUUGUCCGUUGUUUUUAAUGCAUUUUCCGUGUCCUACGCUGGGCAACGAAGUCGAGCAAAUGACCAAUGAGUUAUUCAUGAUUUGUACCUACAUUUCUAUAUUUUUGUUCGUAUAUUAAAAGCAUAAGCUAGUGCAGAGUGGGUACGUCUAUUUU